GCGUUGUUUUGUCACGUGGCUGUGUUUGUAACCAACAUGGCGGCGCGGUGGAGCAGCGAAAAUGUGGUUUUGGAGUUUCGGGACGCGCAGGCCACCACCAUGUCCGUGGACUGCCUGGGCUCGCACGCUGUGCUUUCCGGGCGGCGUUACCUCUACGUGGUCAAUUUGGAGGCGUCGUCAGAGCUGGCCGGGAAGAUGUCUCGCCAGAGCAAAUGGGACGUGGGCACAGUCCAGUGGAACCCUCAUCGCUCGCAGGCGCACGUCUUUGCCGCGUCGAGCAACCAACGCGUGGACUUGUACUCGUGGAAGGACGGGGGAGGAGGCGUCCGCACGUCGCUGCAAGGACACACGCGUGUAAUCAGUGAUCUGGACUGGUCGUGCUUUGAAGCCGACUUCCUGGUCAGCAGCUCGGUGGACACCUUCAUCUACAUCUGGGACGUCAGAGACGCCCGCAAACCCGCCGUGGCACUGUCUGCUGUCGCUGGUGCGUCGCAGGUGAAAUGGAACCGCGGGAACGCCAACGUGCUGGCGUCCAGUCACGACGGAGACGUGCGCAUCUGGGACAGGCGGAAAGGCGACACAGCCUGCGAGUACCUGGCGGCGCACCUGUCCAAAAUCCACGGGCUGGACUGGCACCCGGAGCACGAAUUCAUGCUGGCCACCAGCAGCCAAGACAACUCUGUCAGGUUUUGGGACUACCGCCAGCCCAGGAAGUACCUGGACAUUCUCUCCUGUCAAGUUCCUGUCUGGAAAGCCAGAUACACGCCCUUCUCCAACGGGCUGGUGACUGUGAUGGUUCCACAGCUGCGCCGUGAGAACAGUCUUCUUCUGUGGUCCACACUGGACCUCAACAGUCCGGUCCACGCCUUCGUGGGGCACGACGACGUCGUCCUGGAGUUCCAGUGGAGGCCGCAGAAAGAAGGUUAUAAAGACUUCCAGCUGGUCACGUGGUCCCGAGAUCAGACCUUGAGGAUCUGGAGACUAGACCCGCAGCUUCAGAAGCUGUGCGUCGGCGACUUGACUGGCGACCCGACGGACGCCACGUCUCUCAACGUCGAGACGGACAAGUCGCCGGUGUCCGAAGGCCCGCGCGGCAGAAUUCCUUUAGUGCAACAUCCGGACGGGGUGGGACAUCAGGAUGCCGUCUCAAAUCGGGGCGGCGCUCAGGACUCAGCGUCUUCGGGUCUGGCUCAGACGCUCCAGCAAGAAUUUUCUUUGGUCAACCUGCAGAUUAGGAACGUCAACGUAGAGAUGGACGCCGUGAACUGCAGCUGCGUGGUGUCGGCGCACUUCGGGAGUCACCAGGUCCGACUGCUCAUCAAGUUCCCGGGACAGUACCCCAACAACUGCGCGCCCGCCUUUCAGUUCGUCCCGCCCACCAGCAUCUCCGCCGCUAUGAAGACGAAGAUCCACAAAAUCCUGACGGACGUGUCCCUGCAAAAGGUGAAACGGAACCAGAACUGUCUAGAACCUUGCGUCCGGAAGUUGGUGUCCUGUCUGGAGUCCCACGCGGAGGACAGUCCGUCCUCAGGACCCUUCGUCUUGUCCAAUCCGGUGGCGCCAACGUUGCAGGCCUUCCCGCGAGUCACUAACACCUAUGGAUCCUACCAGGACGCCAACAUCCCAUUCCCGCGCACGUCGGGGGCUCGCUUCUGCGGCACGGGCUGCCUGGUUUACUUCACCCGACCCAUCGGCAUGCACCGCGCAGUUCCCGCCGCCGAGCCCACGCCCAGGUCGUUGUCGGCGCUGUCAGCCUACCACAGCGGCGUCCUGACGCCCAUGAAGAUUCGCUCGGAGUCUCAGAACACGCUCAGACUGUACGGCGGCAGCCCAACUCGAGCGGACAAAGACACUGUCUCCAUUUCGUCCUUCUACUACAAAGAGCGGAAAUCUCGGCGUUACAAGACCAAACGUGACGGCGCAGACUGCGGCGUCCGCUCCAUUAAGUUGGCGGGAAAGGUCAUCAUCCAGGAAAUCUCCUGUCUGCUGCCCAUCCACAAAGUUCUGGGAGAAAAUUACAUCUUGAACAUGCGUGACACCGAGGACACGUGUCAGAAGAACGCCGCCGCCGCCCUUGCCGCUGGACGCAGGGACGUGGCCAAGGUGUGGGCUCUAGCCUCGGCAGCCACCGCUCAGGAGCUGAAUCCCGACCCGGACCCGGAUGCAGAUACCCCCUGGGCCAGUCAUCCUUUUGGACGCCACCUACUGGAGACACUCGUGGACCACUACAGUCACAUGAGCGACGUGCAGACGCUUGCUAUGAUGUGCAGCGUUUUCAGCGGCUCCGACGCCGACCCACCGCCACCGUCGUCCCGCCAAGCUGCUCUCCCUCCCUACACUCGCUAUUCCGGCUCCAGCGAAUCGACGGCGUCCGGGAGCCGAGACCCUGUUGAACCCCGCGGCGAGUCCCCCGACGGUGCACGGCACGGUAACCGGGGACAGCACGGCGAUCCCCGGGAGCGCGAGCGGCACGACCUCAACAAAAGACUUUUGGACCCGGCCAACGCGCCGCAGUUUGACGACUUCAAGAAAUGUUACGCGGAAAUUCUCUACCGCUGGGACCUCCGAGACAAACGGGCCGACGUGCUGAAGUUCGCCUCCUGUUCUCCCGAGACGCACCGAGGCGUCGAGCUGUGCGUGUUGUGCUGCCACUGCGGCAGUCCCAGUCGCGGCACUCAGUGCGCGGCGUGCAAGCGUCUGAGCUUCCAGUGCGCCGUUUGUCACGUGGCCGUUCGAGGCUCCUCCCACUUCUGCCUGAGCUGCGGCCACGGCGGUCACACGGGUCACAUGAUGGACUGGUUCCGGAAGCGCGACCAGUGCCCGGCGGGCUGUGGGUGCCGCUGCCUGCGGCAGAGCAACUUUUGACCGCUCAUUAAAAACUCAUCUGUGAAUCACGUGCGUAAGCGUUUUCUUUUUUUUUUUUGCCUUGAAACAAGAUUUCCUUCAUGAAUAAUGCCGCAUUUACACAAAAGUCUUAUAUGAACGUCAUUUUUGGUACUAGGCUGUCUGUCUGCCUUUUUGAUUUUACGCAAUACAGGCCACUCAUUGAAAUACAUUAUGCAGAGGCCAUUUUUUAUAAAAAUAUCCUGCAAGUUUGAUAAUAAUCCCUCUAUUCAUUUUGAAGUUAGCGCAAAAUUAUUUUUCUGACCUCUGUGACCUUUGACCUCUUCUGUUUCAUAUUGCAAACAUGUCUUACAAAUUUGACAAUGCUCCCUUUAUUUGUUUUUGAGUUAUAACAGUUCCUUUUCUGACCUGUGACCUUUAACCUCAUGAGCCUGAAAUAACCUUGUCUGUUUAUCUAAAACAUAUCUGACUGCAUGUUUGAAAAUUACACAGCCUCGUGCAAAUGAGUUAAUAAUUUUUCGUUCUUUAAGUAAAGCAAUUCAGUGGUACCUCUACAUACGAUCGCUUCGACACACGAACUUUUCGACAUCCGACGUAAAAUUUGACUCGCCAUUUGUUUCUACAUCCGACGACAUGCUCGAAAUACGACGACAAUGGCAGCACCGCAGACGAAUGCACGGCGGAUUUUCUUGUGUGACAAAUCAACACAGGUUUCAGAAAAGGUUGGUACAGGUGGUGAAACAAGCAAAAAGUUGACGCUUACCUUCUAAAUGAAAAUGCAAAUGACAGAAAAAUAUGAGCGUGGGGUGAAAUGGCUCAACAGUACAUCUCCACGGUCCUCCUCCGACCAUCGUUCGCCAGUCUUUAUAAGUUAAGCUGACAAUUCUUAUUGUGGUAACAUCUCCAAAGAAAUCGCCAGCUUCGCCACGUUUUCAUCAUUUCUUUCACAACUUAUUCAACACAAAACGCCUGCUGUCUGCCGCAAUUGACGGUGUUCUCAAGAGAACAUUCAAAGUGAAAGUGAAACUCAAGCUCACCGGUCCGUCUCUGGCACGUCAGCCCCGCGGUGCGUUCAGGGUCAGCAAAAAACGUCCGCCACAUUAGAACCCGAUUCGUUACACUAUUACAGGAAUUAUUAUUAUUCUUUUUAUUACAUUAUUCCAAUUUUGAUUUAUAAUUUAUUUGUUUUGCUACGUGUAAUUGCCAUUUGUAAUAGCACCAGCAGUAUUUUUUAAGGAUUUAGUGCAGGUUUUUGGGCUGUGGAACGAAUUAAUGGAAUUAUAAUGUAUUCCUAUGGGAAAAUCCUGCUCGACAUACGACCAUUUCGACUUACAAACAAGCUCCUGGAACGGAUUAACUUCGUAUGUAGAGGUACCACUGUAUUCCUUUUCUGACCUCACGAGCCCAAAAUUUGAUCACCUCUUCUGUUUACAACAGCAAACAUGUUUAAACAAGUUUAAUAGUCCUUUUCUUCAUUAUUGAUUAUUUAUUCUUUGACCUCUCAAACCCAAAAUGUACUCGCCUCGUUUCAUAUUAAAACAGCCUGCAAAUUUGAUACCUUUAUGCUUGAGUUCUAGUGAAAUUCCUCAUCUGACAUUGGUGACCUUUGACCUCAUGAUUUCCUCUCUUUCAUAUUUUAAACAGAUUGCAAAUUUGGCAAUGAUCCUUUUAUUCGUGAGUUCGAGCAAAAUUCCUUUUCUGACCUCUGUGACCUAUGACCUCAUGAACCCAAAAUUUACAACAGCAAACUUAUACUGCAAGUUUAGUAAGUUGUUCAUUUUUAAGUUUUCAGCGAAGUCCUUUUCUGAAGUCCAUGACCUUUGACCUCUCAAACACAAAAUG